CAUCAUUUCACCAUAAAGCAGUAUACUAAUUUUAGCUUUAUUACGAAUAUUCUAUGAACAAUUAGCAGCUUAACGACGGCAAUCAUCACAAAAUCAAUAAAAUCUUUAUUUAUUAAUAUUUUCUGCACUCAAACCAAGCAACCGGUUGAAGAAACUACGCGUUUUUUCACAUAUAUAUCGCGCACAAAAGGCAAUUUCUUGAAGCAUAAUCCAAUUGCCCUCUUUCUAAUUUCCUCCAAGAAAAGUGAUUAUAGAAACGAAAUUCAAGAUUUCAUAAGGAGUUUUCAUGGCCGGCAGUGAAGAGGCAAUGGAGGUGGAAGAUUCUAACGGCUAUUCGUACGGAAAUAAGGUUAAGCUGAGGCUCAAAGAUCCGUCUAAGAAAGUAGCUCAGACAAAGGAGAUGCUGUCCAAACAAGCAGUUCAGACCAAAGAGAUUUUAUCCAAACAAGCCGUUAAGAUCGCUAAACAGGCCGAGGAGCACGAGAGGUUCAUCAACAAGGUGACGCAUUUGCUGGGUGUUCUUGGAUUUGGAGGCUUCUGCUUUAUUUUGGGUGCAAGGCCCCAGGAUGUUCGGUAUCUGUAUUGCUUGUUCUAUGUAAUUUUCGUCCCACUUAGGUGGAUUUAUUACCGAUACAAGAAAUGGCACUAUUAUCUUCUGGACUUUUGCUAUUAUGCAAACACGAUAUUCUUGAUCAUGCUCCUCUGUUAUCCUAGAAAUGAGAAGCUUUUCAUGGUUUGCUUCUCGUUUGCAGAGGGGCCAUUGGCAUGGGCACUAAUCGUUUGGCGGUGUAGCUUGGUCUUCAAUUCUAUGGACAAAAUCGUGAGCGUCUUUAUACAUCUCCUGCCUGGAUUGGUUUUCUUCACAAUCCGUUGGUGGGACCCAGUGUUUUUCGAAGCAAUGCAUCCCGAGGGCACGGCUCGCAGGGCAUCGUGGCCCUACGUAGAAAGCAAGUCAUACCUGUGGACAUGGCUUUUCUUUGUUCCUUUAGCUGCUUACCUUUUAUGGCAGUUUCUUUAUUUCCUAAUUGUGAACGUGCUACGCAGACAGAGACUGCUUCGAGAUCCAGAAGUUAUGACUUCAUACAGGGAGCUCUCUAAAAAAGCACAGAAGGCAAACAACAUUUGGUGGCGCCUAAGUGGGUUGCUCGGGGACCAAAACCGAUUGUUCAUGUACAUUCUGUUUCAGGCUAUGUUCACUGUAGCCACAACAGCACUUACGGUUCCAAUUUUCUUGUCCUAUGAAUUACACGCCACUUUUCAAGUGCUUAAAGCCUCUGCAACUGUAUGGAACGGCGGUAAUUUCUUACUAGAAGUCAUGCCAAGGCAAGUCAUUCUCAAAGAAAAGAAGAAAACCGAGAUCCCGCGUGUGCCUGUUGAGGAUCGGGUCAACCAGUCGGUGAACGAGAACACGGUAAAAUCGGACGAUUCUUGUGAGGUUAUAGAAUCAUUGGCCACAGUGCAUGAAGAUUAAGAUUUGUGGAAAGGUUGGUCUUUUGGUUUGCUGUAUGCUGAAAACUUGUUGGCUGAUUUAGUUGGUUUGUUGUUUGUUUUACAUGAUUUUACUUGUUUACUUGGAGCCUUUUGCAUGCUAAUCAGAUGAUUUGUUGUGUUAGAUUGAGUUCAAUCUUUAGUCUAGGUGAAAAGAUAUGUGAAUUAUGCUUUAUUUUACAGUAGUCAAUACUUGUGAAUAUCAAAGUUGUGCUGGUAAAUCUUGUUUUGUUUGGGGAACACUUGAAGAUGUUAUUUUGAACAGAUAGUUUAGGGGUUGCUUGGAUAUAAGUUUAUUUGUUUUUGGA